CAUCUUUCCAAAAUUUUGGUCAUGCCCUUGCUUUAGUCAUACCAAUAUUUUGGUGGGGCUAGUUGGGGCUCAAACCAAACACACCCAUACAUUCCCCUAGCUAGAUUCUCUGCCACCGUCGAUCGACCGAGAGAGGCAGAUAGACAUGGAGCAGCUGGAGGAGGCGCCGACGUCCACGACCACGGUGGCGCUGGCCACGUCGCCCAAGCCUGCGCCGUCGAGCAACGGCAGCAAGAAGCUGCCGUCGCGGUUCCGGCGGGUGUGCGUGUUCUGCGGGAGCAGCCCGGGGAGGAAGCCGGCGUACCAGCUGGCCGCCGUGCAGCUCGGGCAGCAGCUGGUGGAGCGCGGCAUCGACCUCGUGUACGGCGGCGGCAGCGUCGGGCUCAUGGGCCUGGUGUCCCGCGCGGUGCACGGCGGCGGCGGGCGCGUCACGGGCGUGGUGCCCCGGUCGGUCCUCCCGCGGGAGCUCAUCGGCGAGACGCCCGGCGGGGAGGAGGUGAAGGCCGUGUCCGGCAUGCACCAGCGCAAGGCCGAGAUGGCCCGCCGCGCCGACGCCUUCGUGGCGCUCCCCGGCGGCUAUGGCACGCUGGAGGAGCUGCUGGAGGUCAUCACCUGGGCGCAGCUCGGCAUCCACGACAAGCCGGUGGGCCUGCUGAACGUGGAGGGCUACUACGACUCGCUGCUGGACUUCAUCGACAGGGCGGUGGACGAGGGGUUCGUGUCGCCGGCGGCAAGGCGCAUCAUCGUGGCCGCGCCCACGCCCGGCGAGCUGCUGGCGGCGCUGGAGGACUACUCGCCGGCGCACCACGACGGCGGAGGCGUGAAGCUCAGCUGGGAGUCGUCCGUGGACACCAUGGCCUGCUCGCCGCCCAAGCCGGACAUCUCCCGCUAGCCGGCCGGCGGCCGGAUCAACUCACCACCAACCACCAACCCAAGAUUAGUUGACAAACACACACACACACACAUCAGACUCUAGACUAUAUAUCCAUUACCAUCCAACCAAACAUAGAUAUUCAUCAUCCGUAUAUAUAUACUUUGUAAAUACUUUAGAUAUCUUGGAUGGAUUAAUCAACUAGAUCUCGUAUAUCAUUCUGUGGCCCGUAUGGCUGGAGUAUGUAUGCAAAAAUACUUUUAUGUUCU